AAAAAGAAGAGGCCUAGGCAGCGUAUUAAUUACAUCUCUAGAAGUCAAAUGAUCAAAAUAUGACGUCGGUAAUGAUUUAGGUCAUUUUGCCUCCCCCGUCAAAAUAUCCCGUCUGUGGCUAGGUACGUAAAAAAUAUGAUUUGUAAGGCCUUCUUGGUUUCUUUCAUUCUGAUGCCAAGAUAGGCUAACCUGCAUCAUAUGACGUCACGAUGCUUUGCCAUUGCUAUGAUCUGAUAUCGAGUUUUUACUAACGGGAAGUAAAACGGAACCAGGAAGGUCAAGGAUAUACAGCAAACAACUAACAUCUUUUCCGUGUAUCAACACUGGGAAUGAAUAAUAUAAAUGUUUUUGCCAUUGCAAAACUGUUACCAAAAAAUAAUAAUAAGUGAAACUUUUACCAACCGAACAGUAAACAAAAGUAUGCACUCAAAGGAAAGGCCUACCAUUAAGACUUCUGUCAUGUCUGUGUUUCUGUGAGAUUUAUUUUUACAAAUAUAUCUGGCUAAUAUAAUCAGGUAAACAUUAAUAUACAGGGAAGGGGUAAAGAAGGAGAAAGAGACAGAGACAAAGAGAGGAAGAUAGAGACGGAGAAGGUGGGGGAGGGGGGUGUUGCUAGAGCAAUACACUUCUGACAGAUCAAUAGUAAUACAACGCAACAAGUGCUUAUGAAGAAUCGUACAGAUAUGGCUUGGGUGAGCCAAAGUUUUAACGAUUUUCUGUAAGUUCAGGUAAUAAUGACUUUGGCAACCUUCGAUGAGUGAAAGUCAAAACCAGCGGCAUCUAUCAAACGACGGAUGUGACUAACAAGAACAGACGAUCAAGCCUAUUGAGUAUUCAGUGAUGCCCUGAAAGUAUAUUCCAUAAUGAUGACAGCCUCUAUACAGGAUUAAGAACCAGGCAUCGUCGUGGCUGAUCGGAAUAUUCAGAUUAAAGCAACUACGAUGUUCAAUAUUAUGAAUUCUCCAUAGGGUUGCGUAAUAAGAUUUUUAAAUCAGGUCAGUCGGAUGUGCUACUCCAGGUUAUUUUUAUAACAUUUUCAUCCAUAGUGUGCAGAUAGACAUCCCACAGCCCCACACAGCCCUUCUUGGAUAAGCACCUUGCUCGUUCCAAAAGAUUUGCGCAGGAGGUACGAGCAUAGCGGUUAGACGGAUGUAACUUGGAGAAUGAUUCAAUGAUUGUGCCAAUGUUUGAUGAGGUGCUGUGGCUAUGUCUGAGUUUUACUUCAUGAAUCUUGCCAGCUUUGUCUGAAAGUUGUACACUACGGACGGCCUUCACCUAAUUCACCGCCACCGUACCAUGUGAUACAUUGAUUUGAUGACUGAACGCAUUAGCCUCACUCCUUUUCAAACCAAGAUUUGCAGACAUAUAUAAAGGAUGAUGAAGGUUCUAUCAUCAACUGAUCGAACCAUGAAGCUCGUCUUAGCCAUUUGCUACAAUCUUCUUCUUCUUAUUACUGAGAUUCGAGCUGAUGACAGUUCUAAGAGCUCGGAAUCAAAUGAAGAAUCCGACGAUACUGCCAAAGUUCGGAUAUGGCCCUCAUACUACGGAUAUGGAUAUCCUGGUAACGCCGGAGGGACAGCGCAGGAGGAAGUUGAUGAGCAACCGGAAAAUGAAAGUCCGCAAACGCCAAGCACCAGCUUCAACGAAGAAAGUGCUAGUACCCCAUUUACGAGGACAGAUCAGAGUAGCAGUGUUUCUUUUGGGACAGUUAGUGUCACCACAGUAGGAAGUACCACACUGUAUAGAAAAUCUAGUGAAAGCAGUGACAAUGAUGGCGAAUUAGAUAAAAGCACUAGCGACGGUGAAGAAAAUGAGACGGACAACGAAGAAAACGGUGAGGGGGGUGGGCGUACAUCACCUACGGUAACCAUGGCAACGAUAACAUCGGAUAGCGGAAAACGGGAUUUUUUCCCACUCCAACCUCUUUCGGGGAGAACUUGUUUCGUGAUUGGAAAUCAAAACGAACCAUUUUGCAAAUGCACUUCACCUCCGCCCCGAUUACCAAAAUUUCUAGAAUGUUCGCGACGGAUUUCCAGGCCGGGUGAAAUGAAAAGCAGCAGACGGCAUGGCGACUGCGAUAUCCUCUGUGUAUGCUGGAUUUUGGCGUUCGUAGGUGUUGUGAUCGGCGCGGUAUGCAAAGUAUCGAUAAACAGAAGAACCCACUUCUAAAAGUCAUUUGGCCUGAAUAUUAAGAUGUACUUUCUUCAGUACAAAUAAUAGUUAAACCCUUCCUGACAUUCCAAGUGCAAUUUCCAGUCUAAAACAUAGACUCUGACGUAACAUUUGCAAAGCUACUGUCUGACUAGAACUUAUGACACAGAUGUGUAUUAUUCUCCGUAUCUUUUUUUUAGGGGGAGAGGGGGUUGGGGUGGCGUUCCGUUUCAACUCUUGCUGUUUAACUCUGAAAAUAAGCGGCAUGCCCCCUUUUGAUAACUUCUCUUAAGUACAUGGGGCCUGUUUCAUGACACUUGUUAUUUUUUUUAUCGUUUAAAACAACUAAAAGUAAUUGAUUUGAUUGGCUGAUCAUAGAAAUUGUGCAGGUUUCUAAACAUAUUUAUGAAACAGGGCCCUUAUUUGAUUGUCUAUUUUGAUAGUUUAUAGAUAGAAGCAAAAAUGACUAAACUGGCUACCAGUGUGAAAGAUCAGACCUUGCUGAAACUUUAAUAAAAAAUCAAGUGUAGCAAAACUAAACCCUUUUGUCAUCAUAUCCAUGUAUAUUGUGUGACAAAAUCAGUCAAUUGUGACUGAUUGUCAAAUUAGAAGGAGGAGAAAAGUAUUUGUUUUAAACUAGAAAGGGCCUUUAGCAUGUUUAGAUAAUUAAUCCACAAAUUUAGAACACAAGGUCGUAUUUACUCACUAUAAAAAUUACAUAAAUUCAAGAUUACCAAAUCAGUAAUUAAAACAUUGAAUAGACUGCAGCCUAAAACGGCAUUUUGGGCCGAGGUCGAUGUCCUUCCCUAUACCUCCGCCAUGUCCGCUCGUCACUGUUAUGUUGGACCCCUGACAUGUGCGCGGUGCCGCGAGUAACAAACGAGUCGCAUAUGUAAAUUGAUGAGGGGUCAAAUAGACUUCCGAAAUAAAAUUGGUAGAAGCAUUACACACUUUCUCACUCUUCGAUUUGAGGAUCCCGUUGACUGGUUAAACAGUUAAACAUGUUAACCCGGUGGGUGUUUCAUCAACAUUUCUGUCUGACAAGAUGUCAAAUCUGACAACUUUCCUUGAUUUUGAUUGGCUGAUAAGUAAGUAAGGAGCCAUUAAGUGCCUUCACGACAUGGCGAGAUGUUUUAUCUGACCAUGUCGAAUUAAUAGCCUUAUUAUGUCAACAUGACGAGUUAUUUUAUCUUGCCAUGUCGACUUAAUAGCUUAGUUAUGUCGACAUGUUGACAUGACGAGUUACUUUAUCUUGCCAAGUCGACUUUCUGUUUCUUUUUUAAGUAAUACGUUCUCAUGGCGAGAUAACCUUAUAUUUCGACACGGCAAGAUAAAAUAUAUCGCCAUGUUGACAUUAACCAUUUUGUAACUAGACUUGACAAGAUAACAAAUCUCGCCAUGUCGACAUGCCUUUUACUCAUUUUGCAGUAUAAAGUAAUUUGUUUCGGAAUGCGACCCCCCCCCAAAAAAAAAAAA